AUGAGUCAAAACCAAGCAAAGAAGGAUGAGCACAAAAAGAAAGAUGAAAAGAAAAAUCCAGAAGAAAACAUGUCAGAAAUCGACGAACACAUCCUCAAGAGGUUUGACGUAAAGAAAAGAUUGGGAAAAGGUGCUUAUGGAAUAGUCUGGAAAGCCAUUGAUAAAAAGAGCAAAGAUGUCGUGGCAAUUAAAAAGAUAUUCGACGCGUUCAGGAACCAAACAGAUGCCCAGAGGACCUUUAGAGAAAUUAUAUUUCUACAAUCGUUUCGGAACCACCCAAAUAUUGUCAAGCUUCACAGUAUACACAGGGCUGCUAAUAACCGAGAUAUAUACCUUGGAUUCGAAUACAUGGAAACUGAUUUACAUAACGUGAUCAAACGGGGAAACAUUCUCAAGGACAUACAUAAACGAUAUAUUAUGUACCAAAUGCUGAAGGCCACGAAGUAUAUACAUUCGGGGAAUGUCAUACAUAGGGAUCAGAAACCGAGCAAUGUCCUCAUUGAUAGCGCUUGCAGGGUAAAGUUAGCUGAUUUCGGGCUAGCAAGGUCGGUGUCCUCAAUAUACUCUGGUGGAGAAGAAGGUGCUGAUCCUUGUUUGACCGAUUACGUCGCAACAAGGUGGUACAGAGCACCCGAAAUACUCAUAGCUAGUAAGAAUUACACAAAGGGCAUUGAUAUGUGGUCUUUGGGAUGUAUCUUAGGGGAGAUGUUAACUGGAUCCCCCCUCUUCCCGGGAACCUCGACCGUGAAUCAGAUCGAAAGGAUCAUGUCUGCUCUGCCCAGACCCUCGUCAGAAGAUAUCGCAGCGGUUUGUACUGGCUACGGCUCUUCUUUAAUAAAAGAGCAAGCAACAGGCAAAGGUGCAGGCUCAUCUCUGACGUCACUUCUGUCAUGUGCCCCUCGUGACGCAGCAGACAUGGUUCAAAGACUACUGGUUUUCAACCCUGCUAAGAGAUUGAGCGCAGAACGGGCUUUGCAUCACGAAUAUGUAUCCAAGUUCCACCGCGAACGUGACGAGCCAUCUCUCCCGUCAGACGUGCUACUUCCCCUUCGGGAUGACAAGCAGAUGUCAGUCAAUGACUACAGGAAUAAACUGUACAGCAUCAUGGCUAAGGGGUUUCUAGGGAGCCCUCAGUUACGAAAGAGUCAUUCCAGUGUCAAAACACACGUCCAUACGCCUGUGAAGUCUAAAAGUUUUCAAGAUACUGAAGUUAGGCACAAGAAGUUAAUAACAUCAGCAGACCCCAAGCCUCGGACCAAAUCUAAAACCUUGGAACGACCGAUCAAAGAAUUUCGAUCCUAUCAAACAAUAGCGGACAAGGAGAAAUUGACAAAAGACAAAAAACCAAUGAAUUUUAUCACUAAGGACUUCUUUCCGGUUCGCCAGAGUCCUUCAGAGUCCAAAAAGAACGUUCAGCAAAGAAGAAAUUCCACGUCCUUCUCGACGAUUACAAUUGGGGACUCGGAGCUCAGUUUCGGUAAGAGUUCGAAACAUGGAGUCAUCACUGCUAGCGCUUUAAUGGAUCUAAGAACGAGCAUACGAUGA